GAUAGGAGGAACAAAACAAGGAAGAGGAAGAGACACAGAAGGGACCGCAAAUGGAGGAGAUAUUGGAAGAAAAAGAAACUGGCCAGGGAACGUGCCAGUGAAGAGAAGAACAGUGGAGGAAACUGGAGCAAGAAUGGAAAGAAAGACACUAGAAGGGGAAGAAUAUCACCAGAAUGGACGAAACCGUGAAAAUCGGAGGGAAGAAGAUUGGGAAGCAAUACAUGAGAGUCGAAUACCAGUCAAAAGUAACAGUAAAAUUUGGGAAGAGUGGAGUUCUAUGAACGAGAGCACGCAAUCAGGAGAUGAAAGGGAAGACCUGAAGAACUGGAGGAAUGAAUACGAGAAACGAAGCAAGGGUAUUCCACGCUAUAAAAGGAACAUUAACGGAAAGGACGCGGAAGGAAGCAUGAAAGGAGAAUGGAGGAGAAGCAAAACAGAUCUCAGUAACUCGGUAAACACCCGUAGAAAUAUUAGAAUGAAGAGACGAGCCAGUCAUGAGCCAAUAAAGAGGAGGAACAGCGACGGAAUGACAAGAUUGCCGAGAAGUAGAAGCAUGGGAAGAAAGCUUAAGAGAAGUUUUGGAGACAGUACCGAACGCUGGGUAAAAGGGAACCACAACAACAACAACAAAAUCUACAACAACCACCAAAAUUACAGUGGAAAAAGAGGGACUGUUGAAGGAUGGAGAAGAGGACGCAAAGGGGACGCCGCAAACUGGUUUAGCGACAGACAAAGCUACAACAAGUUCGGUGGCUGGAGCAGAGGGAGGGACGCGCUGGACAGUGGGCGGGGCGACUCGGGUGUGGGAACAGGGCCACACGCUGCGGGAGUGACAGACUACGACGCGGUCUACCGUCUCAGUUACCAAGAGGCGCUUGAGAGCACUAGGUUGGGGUCGCCUCGGCAGCUGACCCGCAGCCUGAGUGAGGGCACCGUGUUUAGGAGGAUCGCGAACCUGGAAAGGAAGAAAACCGUUCGUAAAUAUGGCCUCAUCAAGCGGUCCAGGAGCGCUGACCGCAUCCUCUACGCCCCGCACAAGUGGUACUACGCCAGGAUCGCUCGACGCGAGGCGAAACAGAGGACGCGCAAGGCCGAGGAGGAAGCCCGACUAGCAAAGGAGGCUGGUGAGUCUCCGCCCGUGAAGCCCAACGUAGAGAUUCUGUCGCUGGACGCCUCUCUGUCUGGCCCCAUCGCAUCGCUGCAGGAGGGCGUCAUCUCAGGUAUGGAGGUCCAAAACACAAACGGCGCCCUCCUGACUUCCAGACCCGACCACCUGCAGUUCACCUACGCAGUACAGGUGGACGGUGAGGAGCCCGCGAGGAGGGUCGGGCAGCGGGGCGGAGCAUGGGCGGCAGGCACUGAGGGCGAGGGCGGCCGGCUGCAUGUGGGCGCUCCGGGCAAGAAGAAAGACAACCUCUCCACUCGUCUGGAGUCUGUACUGCAGGAGAAAGCUCGGGCGGAGGACAAGCGGCAGAAAUUAUUCAACCAAGCCAGAGAACUGCACGAGAAGAUACAGAGGAAAAGAGAGAAGCGGCGGCAGGAAUGGUGGACAGCGUGGACGGACGAGCGGCGGAAGGGGAUGCAGCUGGAAGAGAAGCAGGCGUCCCUCCGUCGGGAGCUGGACGCCUUGCACCAACGCAUCAUCGGGCUCAUCAUGAAGCGAGUGCCACUGGUCACGGGAGUGCGAGACGAACCCUCCAGACGGGCAAAUUACAAAAUCUCCAUCAUCCGCCUGAGACAUGAGAUUGAGGACCUGAAGCGGCGGGUGGAGGCGAUGCACAUCAAGGUGGAGGCAGAGAAGAAACUGAGGAGCCACGCUGAGCAGGAAGUCAAGACACUGAGGUCGGAGGUGAGUCGCAAGAAGGCCAACAUGGCACUGACACAAGUCAGGUCCAGCAGCCUGCGACACCUCCCGCUACUGCCGCGCGAUUUGGUGGUGCGCAUGUGAGGGCCACCGCUGCUGCCUCUUCCCUUGACACACCAGGAUUCUCAUCUUCUCUAGGCGCCUCGCGAGUCUCUGCCUGCCCUAUGGUAUGGUAUUGUGGCGAUGUGUGGUGGGGCUCUGUGGGUUAUGUUGCACAGAGCGGAACAGUAUCCAUUCUCUCGCCAUGUUUGGAAUGUUUAGCGGUGUGGCGACCAAAUGCUUCGCUGUGAACGUUUUAAGGACGUCACAUUAGUCUGGUGAUCUGUGGUGAUGGUAAGCUAAGGUGUUGUGACGACAAGUGAACUCACAAUCACUGCUGACGGUAGUAGAAAAAAGUGAAAGAAUAUUGCUUCCUCUUAAAUUGUCGGUAAUAUCGAAUGACCCCUCUCACAGGCUCACAUUGCUGAUCUGAAGAAUAUGCGUGAAUAUUCAGGAGACCCAGUGAGCUUGUGAGACGCGGUCCAGUGAAUAGCCUGAACUCAGCGCCUACAACCUCCCCUUGAAUGACAGGUAUUACCGGUGGCCUCUCUGACCGCGUGUCUGUGGCCUGGGAAAUAUCCGCAAGGGGUGAACUUGUACAUAUGAACUAUUUCUACUGUGUGGAAAAUCGGUGUAUCUUCUCCCAUUCCGAGGACCAAGCGUUGGAAAGCCCACUGGGAGCCACCCUUGGGUUCGCAUCCCGCUAAGAUCGCACAAGCCGUUGAUCGUCUCCUCGAAAACUAAAUCCCAUGUAAAUAUGUUUUGUGAAAAUGAUGUACUCUUUUGAAUGUAACUUUAAAAUAAAGAUGAAUAUAACUUUA